CUCCUAUAAGACGCCGCAGCUCGUCCGCAGGUGACCCUCCGAACUCCGGCGGCGCUGAGGGAACCCUCGCUUAAGUUGUACCAAAGGAAGGGGAGUCUCCGAUGCUAGACCUCUCCGCACACCUGCACUCUGUACCUUCAUCCUAAGUCACAAUUGACAGACCCACAGAUCCUUGAGAUUCAGAGCUAGUUAGUAGCCCAGGUCUUAUUUCCAGCUUUGGACCUUGCACAUUGGGGCACCUCCAUUCAGACUCACCAUGAUUGACGGCAAUAAGGAGAGCAAAGAGCAUUCCUCCGAAAGGGGGAGAGUGACUCUCAUUUUUUCCUUAAAGAAUGAAGUCGGAGGACUCAUAAAAGCACUGAAAAUCUUCCAGGAGAAUCACGUGAACCUGUUGCAUAUUGAGUCCCGGAAAUCGAAGAGAAGAAGCUCAGAAUUCGAGGUUUUUGUUGACUGUGACAUCGACAGGGAACAGCUGAAUGACAUCUUUCCCCUGCUGACGUCCCAUACCACUGUGCUCUCCGUGGACUCGGCCAAUCAGCUUGCUGCAAGGCAAGACGUUAUGGAGAGCAUCCCUUGGUUUCCAAAGAAGAUUUCUGACUUGGAUUUCUGCGCCAACCGAGUGCUGAUGUACGGAUCCGAACUCGACGCCGACCACCCUGGCUUCAAAGACAACGUCUACCGUAGAAGACGGAAGUACUUUGCAGAGGUGGCUCUGAACUAUAAGCAUGGGGACCCCAUUCCCAAGAUUGAAUUCACGGAAGAAGAGAUUAAGACCUGGGGAACCAUCUUCCGAGAGCUAAGCCAACUCUACCCGACCCACGCCUGCAGGGAGUACCUCAGAAACCUUCCUCUGCUCUCGAAAUACUGUGGCUAUCGGGAGGACAACAUCCCGCAGCUCGAAGACGUGUCCAAGUUUUUAAAAGAGUGCACAGGGUUUUCCAUCCGUCCUGUGGCUGGUUACCUCUCACCGAGAGAUUUCCUGUCAGGGUUAGCCUUUCGAGUCUUUCACUGCACUCAGUAUGUGAGACACAGUUCAGAUCCUCUCUAUACCCCAGAGCCAGACACCUGCCAUGAACUCCUGGGCCAUGUUCCUCUCUUGGCUGAACCCAGUUUUGCUCAAUUCUCCCAAGAAAUUGGCCUGGCUUCCCUUGGAGCGUCGGAGGAGACUGUUCAAAAACUGGCAGCGUGCUACUUUUUCACUGUGGAGUUUGGUCUGUGCAAACAAGAUGGACAGCUGAGAGUCUUUGGUGCCGGCUUGCUCUCUUCCAUCAGUGAGCUCAAACAUGCGCUUUCUGGACAUGCCAACGUUAAGCCCUUUGACCCCAAGGUUGCCUGCAACCAGGAAUGUCUCAUCACAAGCUUCCAGGAUGUCUACUUUGUAUCUGAGAGCUUUGAAGAUGCAAAGGAGAAGAUGAGAGAAUUUGCCAGAACAGUGAAGCGCCCAUUUGGAGUGAAGUACAAUCCGUACACACAGAGCAUUCAGGUUCUGAGAGACCCCAAGAGCAUAACCAGUGCCCUGAACGAGUUGCGGUACGACCUCGAUACCGUCAGUGAUGCCCUGGCGAGGGUCAGCAGGUGGCCCAGUGAGUGAUGGUCUCCGGUCUGAAUCCAGAAAGCCUCUGAGCAUCAGUUCGGGGCCAGGGCCACUUCUUGCUCCCCGAAGACCUGUGUGAGGAGGGCCAGCAAUCCCAGCUUAUCGAAGUGUGUUACCUCUCUCUGUUAACAAGUCACUCGCCGUGAAAACGCAUACCUGGACGCUCGAGCCACCACACACCGUUUUGUUUUGUCUUUAGGCACCUGCUAGGGAAAUAUAAUUCACAUACCAUGCAAUUCACCAUAUUCCCAUUUAAAAUAUUUCAUUAAAAUAUAAUUGAAUCGUUCUUUCCCUUCCCUUUCUUUUCUCCAAUCCCUCCCUCUCAGAUUCACGGCCUUUCUACUGAACACCUAUUUUUGAUGGGCAAGUUGUUUGACGCUGGCCAGAGCUGGUCUCAUUGUGAUGCUACUU